CUCUGGAUGCAGACAGAGGUUGCAGCUCGGCAGCUCGCUGGUCAAAGUUGCAAUGCCACUUCCACGCCGGUGACAUUUUACGUUUCAUAUUUACCCACAUUAUUUUACCAUGUUAACAAUCCAUUCCCCCAUCCCAGCUGGUUAAUUAUUUAUCACACUCUCCCCACCAGUCUUGCUACCUAAAUCCGUGUUUUCUCUCUACAAAACCGCGUGUAUGCGUGCAUUUACGUUUAGAUGCCUGUAACGCCCGCACGUAUAUAUGUCUGUAUAUGAAAUGACGGCGCGGGGGGGUGGGUUUGUUCUUAUUCUCUGGGUUUUUGCUAUCGUACUCUGGAGCCCGAGCGGGAAAGAAUAGCUUUUAUCUCUAUUCCCCCCUGAUGGUUAUUAAAGGCAAAGCGAGCACAUCAGCAUCUUUCUUUAAAAAUAUAUAAUAUUAAUAAUGGAAAGAAAUCCGCCCCCUUCCCCCCUUUAGAGUCCCCCAAUGUUUCAGGAGCAAAUCUAGGAAGGGAUUUAGCCCCAGCUUUGCCCGUUUGGUGGCUUUUUCGAAACUCCUGACGUUUUGCAACAUUGCAUAAACAUAAAACAAUCCAUCCUUGAUAUGGAAUGCAAGGGCGGAUGACAGCGCAGCGCAGCCCCCUCGGCUGCGAUUGAUUUACGCCGAGACUGACGCUUUAUCAGGCACACGAAAAAAGUUUGACCAAUCAUUUUGCUGGGAGCUCACAACACAGCAGCCCAACUGUACUUUGUUGGCUGGGAAGUUGGAGAAGGGGGUAGAGUACAAAUCUAGAUCUGUCCUAUAUAUUUUUUUCCCUUCAUUGAACCGUGCUUUGUAUGAUGUCUGAGAAUGUCCAUUUCUGGGACUCUUAGCAAUUAUUAUGUCGACUCCAUUAUAAGUCAUGAAAGUGAAGACUCGCCUUCAGCUAAAUUUUCAUCUGGGCAAUAUACGAGUUCCAGGCAAGCUGGGCACAAUGAGCAUCUAGAAUUCCCCUCCUGUAGUUUUCAGCCAAAACCUCCUGUUUUCAGCGCCUCCUGGACUCCUUUGAAUCCACAUUCUUCUGGUACCCUUCCUGCCGUCUACCAUCCAUAUAUUCAACAUCAAAGCGUCCCAUCUGACGGCAGGUAUCUACGGAGCUGGCUGGACCCCGUGCCCCGAGCAGAGAACCUCCCCGGGCAGGGAGCCGUUAAGGCAGAGCCGCUGCUGGGCCGUCCCGGGGAUGUCCAUAAACAGGGGACACAGGAGUACAAUUUAGAAACUUCUGCUGCAAGGGAAGGGAUCGUUUCCAAUCAAAGGCCCAGCUUCGAGGACAAUAAAGUUUGUGAAGGAAGCGAAGACAAAGACAGGACAGAUCAAACCAACCCAGCUGCCAGCUGGCUGCACGCCCGCUCCUCCCGGAAAAAACGAUGCCCUUACACCAAAUACCAGACCCUGGAACUAGAGAAGGAGUUUUUAUUCAAUAUGUACCUGACGAGGGACCGUAGACACGAAGUGGCCAGACUCCUCAACCUGAGUGAGAGACAAGUCAAAAUCUGGUUUCAGAACCGAAGGAUGAAAAUGAAGAAAAUGAACAAGGAACAGGGCAAAGAAUGAAAACCCAGAAAAGCAGCAUCCCCCUUUCCCUCCCUUUAUCCCCCAGCUCCCAGCCUCCCCUGUAGUGCUACCAAACCCCCCAAACGCUGGGGGGAAACCCCUCCCCGUUCCCAAUCUCCACCUUUGCAUGCGAGAUGUUGCUUAUUCUUCUGUUUUAUCUUCUUAGUAUUGCCACAUCGGAGGCAACUUAGCCAAAACUGCAGCUCCUUUUUGGGGACACAUGCUGGGUUUUGUCCUGCUCUCUCGUUUUCUUUCUCUAUUUUUUUUUUUUUGUUGUUGUUGCCUUUUUCUUUUCUUCUCCCUACAGUGUAACAUAGACACAGGCUCCUGUCCGAGCAGCAGCUUUCCCUGCUUGCGUUUUCUUCAUGGAAAACAAGACUGCAAACACAAGUGGCCCCAAAGAGCCCCCACCAAACCUCGCUGUUUGUCUUUAUCCACGUAAGGACAAUGAUUCUCUAUAGCGUUCACAACACCCCGGCGCACUCGCACACACACUCACACCCCCUCACACACUCACACGUUGAGGUGGCCAAGGAACCAGACGAUUUAAUUAAACUCCUGCAAGACAGACACAUUCGUAAGACUUGCGUUUAAUUGCACCCAACAAAUCAUUUUCAAUUCGCCAACUUUAUACCAGGCAGUCGAUUAAUGACAGCCCAACUCCCAACCGCUCUGGGCUUUUUUUAUUCCUCCACCCCCCUCUUUUUUUCCCCUUCCUUUUUGUUUUUAAAGCUUGUUUUAUUAUGCGGGAUUUUUAUUAGAAUCGCGCCAUGGCAGAUACGCGACUUUGACCUGAAAGUUUCGUAGGAUCUUUACAGGCAAAGCUCCUCAUCUGGUAGUUUUAUACUGGGUCACUUGGAAGAGGAGAAAAGACAGGGAGGGAGGCGAGAGAGUGUGUGUGGGGCACUCUCAGAGCCGCGUUGUAAAUUAUUUAGGAGAAAAAGGGGCGGAAGAACCCCUGCCAACUUAUUCCUAACUUUUAGAGGAGGGGAAGAAUGGGAUUUUCUAGUUAAAAAACUACCUUAGUAGAGCUGUAAGGGGGGGGAAGGUUGUGUUCUUAGUGCUAGCAUAUUUAUAAUUUAUUGUGAAUUGACUUUUCCUAAAGCCGUAGCUGCUGCAGAGAUGAAGUGCCAGCCCUGGCCUGUGUGUCUUUCUUCCCGCUCCUGUUUGCUGAGAUGCUUUUAAUACUUGAAUGUCGGGGGGGGUGGGGGGGGGUGGUGUUGGGUGGGGUUGGUUUUUAUGGUGGUUUUUAUGCCUGAAGCCAGCUCCCGGCACAUCUUCCCAUUGCCACCCGCCUUCCCCGGGGCCCGGUGCCACGCCGGGGCCCGCAGCCUCCCGGGGAAGGAGCCUCGUCCCGUUGGUGGCACCGGGGGAUGCGGUUUCUCCGCGCUGCCUCCCCCCCCCUUCCUUUUCCUCAUCCCGAAGAAGCGUUUUGGGUAGCAAACCCAGACCUCGCCGGGCUCCUGUCACGCCGCCCGGAACUGGUUUCUCAUCUGACAGACCCGCUGCAGGCUUCACCAACCCGCCCGGGCGGGGCUGGUUUCCCUUUAUCUCUGUAAGACUUAACUUUGUUUUGGGAGGGGGUGGUGGUGGGGUGGUGGGGGGGGGAGGUUAGUACCAGUUGAUUAUAUGGUGGGUAUUGUAAAAUGUGUUUGUGGUUGUGUUUCUGUGAAUGUUGAAGCUCGUUUUCUGUUUCUACUGUGGCUUUUUUAAGUAUGAGAAGAGUUCUGCAGUUGAUAGUGGAUGGAAAAUGUUGAAAUAAACCUCUCUCGUUUUCUUCGUGUGCAGAUUUGUAUAUUUAGCUGCCAGGAGGCUGUCUAGGAACAAGGCGAGUGUAAGGUGGCUUGUUGUAAUAGGGUGAGGAGGGGGAAAAUAGAGAAAAGGCGUUUCUGCUGUAUAUCUGAAGGAACCAGCGCAAAUCUGAGCUCAGAAUUGGCUGACUCGUGUGUCCUCAGCGCCGGGUUCUGGGAGAUCACUUUUAUCUGCUGGGCAGGGAUUGCUCUGGGAAGAAGCGAUAGGCAGAUUCGCGGUUUUUGGAAAGUGCUCCUGCUCCCCUCAUCCUCCUCCCCACCCCCCGGGAUUCAGAGAUAAGAAUGGAGGAGGACUAAAGUUUCCCCUCUCCAAUUCCUUCUGAAAGGGUAAAAAAAUACCUUCCCCUGGACAAGAAACCGGACCUCCAGCGUUAAACCCCAUCCCUCAGAAAGUCUGCUGGUUUUUUUUCUAGUGCCUAGACUUUCUCCUGUAAAACUUUCCAUCCUGAAGUAGCUCCUUGGGGGCUCCCAAAUUUAACUGUUCUGUUGCCGGAGGGAGCUCAAUGUAACCAAGGUUCACCCCGUGUCAAAGCCCCCGAUCUCCCUCCUCGAAAUUAAAUUAAGAAAAGCUCUUUCGGAGACAUUUUGAGCUGGGGGAAAUCAAGAAGGUGGCGGCAGCAGGAUCAUUUCUUUAUUGAACCAAACAGAUGAUGGGUGGAAAAAGACGUUUUCGCUGUGUUUAAGCUGAGCAGUCAGAUCUUUCCGUUUGAUUUGCUUCUUCUCAAGGAUGGAUGAAUUUCAAAUGCUUCAUGCUGAAUUGGAAUAUUCCUCCCAUCUCGAGCUGAGCAUGGAUUUGCCUAAAUCCUCACUACUAUAUUUUUCAGAAGUGUAUCCGUGACUUAAUUGAGGUUUGCAACCCAUCGGCCACUGGGACUUAGAAACGUUUUUCACUUUCCUUAGAGUUGUGGUAAAGAGCGGCUAUUUUUAAGACGAAUAUAAGGUUCUUUUUAAAUAGAUUUUAAAACGUUAGUUCAUUUUAUUAGGAAAUAUGCUUACUUUAAAGAAAAAAAAAAAAGUUGGAAAAGCUGUCUUCUGUAGCAUCAGCCCGGAUGUAUUUUCCAGAGAUGUUUAAUGCUCCAGAAUAAAAAUCGAUUUUAGAACAA